GAACUCACUUGAAGUACCUCAAGGUCUCCGAGUUUAUACUUGAUCAUUCCCCUCAACCUGGCUUCCUAACUUCACAUAGCUGCAACUCUCAUAUGAUAGUCCAUCAUGGAGAACGAAGUUGACGAUCAACACCGAACUGCUUCGCCCGAGGGUUCUGAAGAGACACCUUCUAACGAGCAAGCGUCAAUCUUCUCUGGACUCUACCGGAAAGCCACAGUCGAUCGACUCCACGAGAGUGAGGGAGCCCUUGACCCAGCGAACAAGCAUUUUGACCCUUGGAGAUAUGGACGCAAGUUACUGAACUCCAUGGAUGCACAAGGGAUAGCACUCCCUCGAAUCGGCGUCACGUUUCAAGAUCUCUCCGCGUCCGGUUCAGGCGCGGCCCUUCAGUAUCAGCAGGACGUCCUUUCGAUAUUCACCGCUGUGCCAAAUGUGACGAGGUUACUGAGGCGAGGCAGCGCUGGCCCUAAGAAGACCAUCAUUAGUGGGUUCAAUGGUCAACUUGUGAGUGGCGAACUCCUGCUAGUCCUUGGACGUCCUGGAAGCGGCUGCUCCACAUUUCUCAAGACACUUUGUGGAAGCACCAAUGGUCUAUCCAUCAGCCCUGACAGUAAGAUCGACUUUAGUGGUAUUAGCAAAUCGCAAAUGGCCAAGGAAUACAGAGGUUUUGUCACAUACAACUCGGAGGUUGACCAGCAUUUCCCGCAUCUGACAGUCGGCCAAACCUUCGAAUUCGCAGCAGCGUCCAGAGCACCACAUCUCCGCAUCGGCGAUGUUAGCCGACAGGAAUACAUCGAAACUAGUGUCCAGAUUACAAUGGCAUUAUUUGGCCUCUCGCACACAUAUGAUACGAAGGUGGGAAGUGACUUUGUGCGUGGAGUAAGUGGUGGAGAACGCAAGAGAGUCAGUAUUGGUGAGAUGGCUCUUUCCAGAGCACGUGUGGGAGCCUGGGACAACAGUACACGCGGACUGGAUUCUGCAACAGCACUGUCAUUUGUGAAAGCACUCCGACUAUUUGCUGAUCUGGGAGGUGCUUGCCAUCUUGUUGCAGCAUACCAAGCGUCACAAGCCAUGUACGAAACAUUCGACAAAGUCAUCGUUCUAUACUCGGGCCGACAAGUAUUCUUUGGGAGCUGCAAGCGUGCUCUGAAAUACUUCGAGGAGAUGGGGUGGCAGAAACCUACACGCCAGGCCAUCCCAGACUUUCUAACCGCAGUGACAAAUCCGGCAGAACGAAUUGCUCGCGAAGGGAUGACCGAGAAGGUCCCCAGGACGGCCGAUGACUUUGAACAGUAUUGGAAGCGAAGUGCCGACUUUGCAGCUUUGCGAAGUCAGCUUUUGACCCCGAAAGAAUCGAACAGCGAGGCAAAGCUUCUUCAGACGACCAAAAACAAACAGCAGGCAAAGCAUGUGCGGCCAAAAAGCCCUUUCAUUAUUUCAGUGCCUAUGCAGAUCCGACUGUGCAUCAAACGCGCAUACCAAAGGCUCUGGAACGAAAAGAGCUCUACCAUCUCCACGGUCGCCUCGCAGGUCAUUCUAUCACUCAUUAUCGGUUCUAUCUUCUACGGAACUCCUGCUGCAUCAGCCGGCUUUUUCCAGAAAGGAGCAGUACUUUUCUUUGCGAUUCUGAUGAAUGCGUUGAUCUCUAUCAAUGAGAUCACUCUGCUCUACAGUCAACGGCCUAUUGUCGAGAAGCAGGCGUCCUACGCGUUUGUGCAUCCCUUCGCAGAAGCUUUCGCAACAAUGAUCAGUGAUCUACCGAUCAAAAUGGUCCGGUGCUCGGUAUUUUCGAUUAUCCUAUAUUUCAUGGUGAAUCUGCGCCGCGAACCGUCUCAAUUCUUCAUCUUCUAUCUUUUUCUCAUCAUUGGCAUUUUGACAAUGUCGAGUAUCUUCAGAACCCUGGCAGCGGCAACCAAAACCAUUGGGCAAGCAAUGGCAUUUGCAGGUGUGCUGGUCAUUAUGAUUGUUGUCUACGCUGGCUUCACACUACCUCAGCCCUAUAUGCACCCAUGGUUUGCCUGGAUCAGAUGGCUGAACCCGAUAUUCUACGUGUUUGAGUCACUCAUUUCCAACGAAUUCCAUGGCCGGCAUUUUGAAUGCUCAGAGUACAUUCCGAACUAUGCUGUCUUGACUGGCGACUCAUUCAUCUGCUCCGUACUUGGAGCGAAAGUGGGCGAACGAUUCGUUUCAGGCGACAGUUUCAUUCAAGAGAACUAUAAUUACCGUUACAGUCACACUUGGCGAAACUUUGGAAUAGUUCUGGUCUUCUGGAUCCUCUUCACAUUCACCUACCUCUUUUUCUCAGAGUACAAUUCUGGUAUCACUUCAAAAGCAGACUUCCUAGUCUUUCGCAGAGGUCAUGCUCCGGACUACAUCAAGGAGGAAUUAUCAGCAACUUCAGAUGAAGAGAAGACAUCUACAAAGAUCAACGAUGCUUCUCACGGACUCCAGAUCACGAAGUCGGUCAAUCAUUUACCCGAACAACGAGACAUUUUGACUUGGAAGAACCUUUGCUAUGAAGUUCCGACAAAAGAGGGCACUCGCCGCCUGCUUGAUAAUGUGGCAGGGUGGGUCAAGCCUGGAACGCUUACUGCACUUAUGGGUGUUUCUGGAGCAGGAAAGACAACCUUACUCGACGUAAUCGCAGAUCGAGCAUCAGUCGGCAUUGUGACCGGCGAUAUAUUCGUUAGUGGUAAGCCCAGAGCUGCAGACUUUCAGCGACAGACUGGGUACGUCCAGCAACAGGAUCUCCAUUUGGCCACAACUACAGUUCGCGAAGCACUACAAUUUUCUGCGAUGUUAAGACAGCCUAAAACCGUCUCUCGAGAAGAGAAGAAUGCCUACGUCGAGGAAGUUGUCAAGAUGCUAGGGAUGGAUGAUUUCGCAGAGGCGGUCAUCGGUCAGCCAGGACAAGGGCUCAACGUGGAGCAAAGGAAACUACUCAGCAUCGGUGUUGAACUGGCGGCUAAACCAGCACUGUUAUUGUUCCUGGACGAGCCAACCAGUGGUCUAGAUUCGCAAAGUUCAUGGGCCAUCUGCAAGUUCCUCCGAACACUCGCGGAUCAUGGUCAAGCAAUCCUUUGCACUAUCCAUCAACCGAGCGCCUUGCUAUUUCAGGAGUUCGAUCGACUCCUUCUACUCGACAAAGGUGGAAAGACAGCAUACUUUGGCGACAUUGGAAAACAAUCUCGGACGCUCAUAAGUUACUUUGAGCGCAACGGUGCUCGGCAUUGUGAUCUGAGUGAAAAUCCUGCUGAAUACAUGCUUGAAGUUCUUGGGAAACGACAAACGAAUGACGGUGCCGGGAUAGAUUGGCCUACAGUCUGGAACGGCAGUGCAGAAGCUGAAGCAGUCAGAGAAGAGCUUUCCAGCAUCUGCGAGCGCCUUCGGUCGGAGCCGAGCAGGACUGGUGGAGGAGAACACACCGAGUUUGCCAUGCCUCUCAUCACUCAGAUCAAAGAAGUGACAUACCGAGCGUUUCAGCAAAACUACCGGUCGCCCGAGUACAUCUACUCACGGUUCCUGCUAGGCAUUGUUUCGGCCCUCUUCAUCGGCUUUUCCUUCUGGAUGCCCGACAGCUCAACACAAGGCUUCCAAAACGUGCUGUUUGCUCUCUUCCUUUUGUGUUCUAUCAUGAACACGUUGGUCAAUCAACUUAUGCCAAAAUUCAUCGCUCAACGAGACUUGUAUGAAGUUCGUGAACAACCUUCCAAGACCUAUUCCUGGAAAGCCUUCAUCCUUGCACAGAUCUUCUGCGAAAUACCCUGGCAAGUUCUUCUCGGCAUUUUGGCCUGGAUGUCGUUCUACUGGUCUGUACUUGGAGCACACCAAUCAGGCGAGCGACGUGGUCUCAUCUUACUCUUCUUGAUUCAAUUCUACCUAUUUGCCGCGAGCUUCGCGCAUCUCGUCAUCUCCGCCAUGCCGGACGCCGCGACCGGAGGCAUGAUCGCGACCUUAUGUUUCGGUCUGACCCUCAUCUUCAACGGUGUCAUGCAGCCGCCCAAGGCGCUACCUGGAUUCUGGAUCUUCAUGUACUAUAUCUCGCCACUCACAUACUACAUUCAAGGCCUUGCCGCGACGGCCUUGCACGGACGCCCUGUUACCUGCUCGGACGCUGAACUCAGUGUUUUUAACCCGCCUUCGGGCCAGACUUGUGGUCAAUAUCUGGAGAAGUACCUCGCGUAUGCUCCUGGGCAGUUGUACAACUCAGACGCAACGUCAGGCUGUCAGUAUUGCUCCAUAUCGUCUGCAGAUCAAUAUCUCGCUGCAAGGGAGAUUGAGUGGUCGAACAGGUGGAGAAACUAUGGUAUCUUCUGGGCGUACUUUUUGUUCAACAUUUGUGGUGCUGUGUUGUUGUAUUACCUUUGCAGGGUGAAGAAGUGGAGACAGAAAAAGUUUGCAAAACAGCAGAAGAAGGCUUGAGUCUGGAAUUGGAU